GGCUCCCUCUCUCACUCUAGCUCUUCUUCUCUUCCCCUCACUCUCACCACCGCCCACCCCUCUCUCUCCCACGUGCAGCCAUCUCCCCUUCCUCUUCCGGCGAAAUCAUCGCCGGAAUUUAUUCUCUUGGAUGCUCGCCUCCCUUCGUCGCCCAGCCCCUGCCGACAUUACUUUCCUACUUUACUCACAGACUCUUGUGUUGUUUACAGAGAAAAGGCUUCGCCAUCAAUGACUUCUUCGAGCCUUAUUGAUCAACAAGUGGAAGCUGCAGCUUUGAAAGUGGGUGUGAGGGAUCGAUUAAGUGCGUUACCUGACUCCUUAAUUCUUGAGAUUCUCUCACUAUUGGAAACGCGGUAUGCUGUUAGAACAACAUUUCUCUCCAAACGUUGGAGAGAUCUUUGGACCACCGUGCCCCGCCUGAAAUUCGUACAUGAAAAUCCACAUUUUAUUUAUCGAGUUCUUGUGAGAUGGAGAGGUGCAAAGAUUGUGGGCUUCUACCUUCAGUUGUCCUAUGAGGAGUUUUGUUUUAGUGAUGUUGAUUCGUGGCUGCUUUUUACGGUCGAAAAACAAGUGGAAGAGCUACAUAUUAUAGUUCUUUCAUUUGACCGUACCCCAUACUACUGCCCACCUCAGCGUUUGUAUUCAUGCUCCUCCAUAACAGAAUUACACCUUGGUUGUUAUUGUUCGUUAGAGAUUGGGGGCAGUGUGCAGUGGAAUCGACUCAAGAGUUUAUGUAUUAAAGUCCCAAAUUCCUCGUGCGAUGAUGCCGUGAACAAACUUCUAUUAGGGGCCCCUUGCUUGGAAGAGAUGACAUUGUCUGUGAUAGUUAAAAGUGAUGAAAACUUCAGUAUCCGAUCUAUUAGUUUGAAGAAGCUCAAAAUUGAUGGUCCUGUUGAUGUAAAGGCAAUCCUGAGUAUUUGGGCUCCUAAUCUUUUGACUCUAGUGAUUGGAGAAUAUGUUGUUGCUGGUGGUGGCUGUUUAUUUUAUGUCCCAUCUUUGACUAAAGCUUUUCUUACUUAUAAAUCUGAUUAUCCGACUAAUCAAGUGUCCUAUCAGACUCUUCGAAGCAUCUUCCGUCCGCUUCAUGACGAUCUUGAAGUGUACUAUCAGAUUCUUCGAAGCAUCUGCCAUGUUAAGGAGGUCACGUUUAGGAAUUGUCACAUUGAGUCACUUCUCGACAUGAAGAAGAAAUAUAUGGUUCUCCAAUUUCCGAAUGUUGAGUUUCUAAUGCAAGAGUGGGACAUGAGCGUAUAUUGUCUUCUUGAUCUUCUUGGUCUUCUUGAGAUGUUUCCUCAGCUCAAGACAUUCGUUUUUCGUCUAGACAAGGCUUUGCAUAAUUUAAAACCCAUCUUUAGGAAGGCAACGACAUUCCCUCGUGCCUUUCUGUUCCACCUAAAUACAGUUGAGAUCACUUGGUUUGCAGAAGAUCCCUCAAUAUUUGAAUCUAUAGAAUAUCUCUUGCGAAAGGCUCCCUUUCUCCACAAGAUGGUGUUGCAUCUUGUAUAUUAUAGAGAUAAUCAUGAGCUGUUUCUAAUGGCUGAAGAGAAGGUGCGAAGUUUGCCAAGAUGCUCCCCAACUGUAGAGCUCAUUAUAAUCGAACAUGUGGCCCUUAAACCAUAGAGGUUUCUUGAUUAGAUGUGUUAUGUAUGUUUAUGUUUAGAAGAAGCGUCACUGCUGAGAUGUUGUGAGCACAAUUAGUUUUCAA